GGGGUAACUAUUUUCCUGUCAACUUUUUUCCUUUUGUAUUCUUCUCUUUUUGCUGUGUUCCAGCGUUCUGUUCAUUUCGAGAUUUCAACUUGGUUUUAUGGGUAAGGAGUAUAUGUAGAGGAAUUGCCAUUCUAAUAAGCGUUGAAUAUGUCUACGGGUUUUGCAUCAUGGAGCUCUGGGAGUAGAAUGAGACCAAUGGUAGUAAUUGGCGUAUUCUUGAGUCUUGUCCUUGUUUAUGGGUGUGCAUAUCGUUUGAACCAUGACGUGGUCGAACCAAAACUUAAACCCCUCGACGCCGGGCCUAUUACAAUUGUCCAGAUCGAAACGAUAGAACACACAGUGACACAUACCCGUACAUCAGUUUCUGUUUCCACAAAAACCGAAUAUGCUUCACCAACUUCAACUCUCGAUCCUACGAAACUAGCAUUUAUGGUAGAGACUCGCCCACUACCACAUCUACCUCUUCAACUCACACAUAUGACAAGUGUCAUUCCACAAGAAUGGACCUUUAAAUUCAUGGGCAGCAACACCUCCAUCAAUUAUCUACUUGGUUUCCACCACUUGCGAGAUCUGGUAGCCUCGAAUAAACUCACACUUGUUCCUCUCCCAUCCCACUGGGAUGUCUCAAGUCGCGAAUCCAUAUCUCAGAUGUUCACCGACCCCGAACUUUACAGAUCCCUUUCUCCAGCCGAACAUCUCCUAGUCUUUCAACCCGACUCUAUAUUUUGCACCAAGGCACCCACUACUUUGAACGAUUUCAUUAAGUACGAUUACAUCGGAGCGCCCUGGUCUACAUACUCUACCUAUGGCGGCAACGGCGGUCUUUCUCUUCGUCGCGUAUCAUCCAUACUACGAUUGUUAGAAAAAGAAAGACGUAAACCCGGAGAUGGAGCGCUUGAAGAUCUGUGGCUGAGUAAUGGACUGAACAAGUUGGAAGGAACUAAAAUGGCAAAUGCUGCAGUGAGCAAGACUUUUAGCGUGGAAAGUGUUUGGGACGAGGCGCCGCUGGGCUAUCAUAUCGGCUGGUUGGGUGUACAUCAUGAACAGAUCUGGGAUAAACCCGAAUACGUCUCCCACAUAAUGACGUACUGUCCCGAAGUGAAAAUCAUCUUGGGUAUGAAAUUAGAUAAUGAUAAACCUCAGGGCGUUUCUUAAUCUUGCACUUUUCUCUCCUCAUCAAUCUAUCUCCA